AUGAAAUAAGAAGAAGAUGAGAAACUAGUAAUUAUAAUUCCAUAUAUAUAUGUAGUUCAUUGACACUGUUUAAACCCAAUAACUUGAAAUUGAGAGUUUAAAAAAGUAGAUUAGACUAUAAGAAUUUUAAUCCAAAUAACAACAUCUAGAAGUAAACUCUUAAGACUAUCAAAGUUAAUCAAUUCCCUAGAUUAAUUAAAGAAACGAAAUGAAGAAUUAGAUAUAGAAUUAAAUAAACAAAUUGAAUCGACUCAUGAAACCUAAUUAUAACAAUUUGCUUUAUAAAUGUAAGAUUAAUUGGCAAAGGCUGAAGAAUAAAUACUCAUCUAUCAAGAGAAUGAAGUAUAUAUCUAUAAUCAAUUAUAUUUUAGCUUAAAUUGAUUAAAGAAAUCUAAUAACUUCAAGGAAAAUUAGAAUCUGAUAAGAUUAAUGAUUUGAAAAAAUAAUUAGUUAAAAUGGAAGAAACUGCUAUUGCUUUAAUUGUUGAGAAAGAAUUUAUUAUAUCAGAACAAGCUAAAGAAAUUGAAUUAUUGAAAUAAAAUGAAAAAUUUAAUAAUUAAUAAAUUGAGAAUAAUACUUAAAUAUUGGAUAUAUAAGAAUUGGAAAAUAAAAUAUAAGAUUAUUAAUAUAAAAUAGAACAUCAAUAAUAACUUCAUGAAGAACAAUUAUCUAAUCUUGAAAGAAUAAUAACAAAUCGUAUAUUUGAAUCAUUAGAACUUGAAAUGAAUUAAAAGAAAUUAGUAGAAUAAGAUUUAUUACAUUAAAUACAUAUAUUAGAAGAAAAGAAUAAGUAUUAUGAAAAAUUAUUAAAUGAAUAAGAAAGAAAACUGAAUAUAUUUAGAGAAGAAAAAAAUCAAGAAUAAACUCUAUAUGAUAAAAAAUAUUAGGAAAUUAGUGAACGAUUAAGAUAUGCUUUAUAGUAAAUUAUAAAAAGUGAUAAGAAAUGUGAAGAUGCAUAUAAAUAAUUUUCAUAAUUAUAAAGAGAAAAAUAAAAUAUGACAAAACAGAAAGAAGAAUUAAUACGAAAAUAAGUUUAUCUUGAAAAUCAAAAUAGAAAGCAUACACAAGUUAUUUAAGAAUAUAAAGAAUUGAUUGAUACUCUAUAAUAAUAAGUUAAUGAAUAAGAUUAAAUUAUUUAAGAAUAAAAUGAAUAAUUAUAAAAAUUAAGUAUUCAUUAUGAAUAAUAACUCAAAAUUGCUAUUUAAUCUCAUCAAUAGAAAUUUGAAUUUAAUGAUAAUGAAAUAGCAUCAAAUUAAAAUGCAUUAUUAAGUGAUUUACUUAAAGAUAGUUAAAUUAGUUAAAAUAAUUAAAAUACUCACAUUGAUUCACCAACACAUUCUAUUUAAUAAACUCAUACUUCUCAUUUAUCAGAUUCUUAUUGUUCUUUUUAAACUAAAAAUAGUUCUAGAAGAAGAGUUGGAAAUGAUUGUAAAUAUGAAAAUAUUAAAGAUGCUUUACUUGAUGCAAAACAUACUAUUAAGUAAUUAAUUAAUUAAUAUAUUAUAGAAUCUAAAAUUUAGAAAUUUCUAAUCUAGAAUAAACUGUUGAAAUUUUAUAAAAAGAACUUAAAUCUCAAUUAUUAGAAAUACAUAAUCUUAGAAAAACUAAAUUAGAUUUUAAAUAAGAUAAAGAUUAUAAAUUAGAAAUAGAGAAAUUAAAAUAAUGUUUGAAUACAAUGGAAACACAUUACUUAACUACUAAAUUGAGUUUAGCUGAAGAAAUUAAUUUUUUAAAAGAUGAACUUAAAAGAGCUGAAUCAGAAGCAUUAAGAUCUAAAUUGUAAUUAACAUAAUUAAAUGCUUAAUUUUGCAUUAUUCAAUAAAAAUAUUAGAAAUUAGAUAAAUAACAAUAACAAAGUCUAACAAACAGACAAAUAUAAAAUAUAGAUGAAAAAAGUCCUGUUAAAGGAAGGAAGAGUAUAUUUUCUAUCUUUGGUUGA